UUAUAUAAGAAAACAUCCGAAGAAAUUAAAGUUAAGCAAAAGUUGAAAUUUGGUUUGCUAAGAGGAUUAGCAGAUUUAGAUGAAAAUAUACAAAAAACAUUGACGGAAUUUUGGAAAAAUCAACAAGAACUUUCUCGUGAUACGUUUACUUUACUAAAAGAACAUGAUUAA